UUUACUGUGAGACCCAUUACUUCCUGGAUCGACAAGCUCGCUCAGGAUCAUGGAUCGCCAACCUCGACAUCCUCCUCAUCGCAGUCAAAGGCCAAUGAUAAGAAGUAUCAGAAGAGAGAUCUGGUCCUGAAGAAGAUGCAGGACUCGUAUACGGAGAUCAUUCUGCCGUUUGGGAAGGACAAGGCUCUUCUGGAGGAGUACAUCAAUUUUGGAGGAACUGUUAGACAUGGAAAGAUCAUGGAGGACUUGGAUGCGUUGGCGGGUGCCAUUUCGUACAAGCACUGCGAUGAUGGAAAUCCGGAUAGCGCCCCUCUGACGAUCGUCACAGCAUCGGUGGACAGGAUUGAUUUCCUGAAGCCGUUGAGCAUCAGCGACCUGCGUCUCUCAGGACAUGUCACCUACGUCGGAUACAGCUCUAUGGAAGUCUUCAUGAAGAUGGAAGAGAUAUCGACAAAGGACCCUGAGCAACACGGCGACACGAUCUUGGUCGCACGGUUCACCAUGGUCGCCAGAGACGCGCUCUCAGGAAAGGCUGCGCAGGUCAACCCGAUGCUCCUGCAGAACGAACCCGAAAAGAAGCUUUUCCAGAUGGGUGAGGACCACAAGGCCAGGAAGCGACUCGCUUCUGAGCAGGCCCUCACGAAGCGUCCACCCACGGAGGAGGAGCGUUUUCUGAUCCACGAUCUGUACCUCGAGUACUCCAAGUACGAUGACCCUUAUGUCAAGGAAAAGAAGCCCGACACGGACGAGUGGAUGGCAGACACGAAGAUGAGCGCCAUCCAGAUCAUGCAGCCCCAGGACCGCAACAUCCACAAUAAGAUCUUUGGUGGAUAUCUGAUGCGACUCGCAUACGAGCUCGCGUUCUGUAACGCAUCUGUGUUCAUCAAAAACCGCCCCACGUUCUUGGCCCUAGACGAGAUCUCGUUCCGGAAACCCGUCAACAUUGGAACGUUCCUCGCGCUCGACUCACAGAUCGUCUACUCCGAGGGCGGGGAGCACCAUUCGUUCCAGGUGAUGGUCAAGGCCGAUGUGUUGGAUGUGCGCAAGGGAACCAGGGACACAACGAACACCUUCUGGUUCACGUUCUCGGACCCUCAACAGGGGCAGGGACAUUUGACGCCCAAGGUCUGGCCGAGGACAUAUGCAGAGUCGAUGCUGUACCUCGAAGGAAAGCGGAGGAGGAAGGAGGGCUCCAAGCUGGCACAUUUG